AUGGGAAGCAAGAAAGUCAUCGUUGUGUUUGGGGCAACAGGUUCUCAGGGUGGUUCGGUUGCCAGGGCCCUUUUGAAGUGCCAAGACUUUGCUGUGAGGGCACUGACUCGGGAUGUGACCAAACCUGCGGCUGUGGCCCUGCGAGACCUGGGAGCCGAGGUCAUGAAGUGUGACCUGAAUGAUCAGGAGGCUAUGAAGAGGGUGUUCAAAGGGGCCUACGGUGCCUUCGUGGUGACCACCUACUGGGACGACUUUAACAUGGAGAAGGAAGUGCAGCAGGGAAAAAUGGUAGCUGAUGUCAGUAAACAGGUGGGCUUGAAGCACGUGGUAUACAGUGGUCUGGAGAAUGUCAAGAAGUUGACCAAAGGGAAACUGGAGGUGCCCCACUUUGACGGGAAAGGCAAAGUGGAAGAAUACUUCUGGGAGCUCGGAGUGCCCAUGACCAGUGUCAGGAUAGCGCCAUACUUUGAAAACUUCCUAAGCCUCUGGAAGCCUGUGAAGGCGUCUGAUGGCGACUACUACAACUUGGUGUUGCCUAUGAAGGACAUCCCCAUGGACGGCAUCUCCGUGGCUGACCUUGGACCAGUGGUCGUCAGCAUCUUUCGGUCCCCAGGGGAGUUCCUGGGCAAGGCCGUGGGUCUCAGCGCGGAGGCCCUGACAAUUCAGCAGUAUGCAGACGUUCUCUCCGAGACACUGGGCAAAGUGUUUAAAGACUCCAAGAUCACGGCAGAAGCUUAUGAGAAGCUGGGCUUCCCCGGAGCCAAGGAGCUGGCUGACAUGAUGCGUUUCUAUUACUUGAGGCCGGACAGAGACGUGAAGCUCACGCACAAGCUCAACCCCGAAGUCAAGAGUUUCUCCCAGUUUGUCUUAGAGAACAAAGAGGCCUUCCAGAAGCUCUAGGGAGUGUUGGAGCUCCUCCGUCUGGCCAGCGGUUUGGCAACUUCCACCAUGAGCGCAGUGGUCAGCGGCGUUUCCACGGAGCGCUGGGUUCAAAUCUUAGCUUUGCUACUUAUAACCUCUGUGACCUUAGGCCAUUUCUUGACCUCUCUGGGCCUCAGUUUCCCCACUGUAAAGUGAAGGGUUUGGACUAACUGGUUCUUUCUAGCUCUAAAUCAUCCUACAAUUCUCUUCUAGGUAAGACGGGCAAAACCUUGAGCUGACUUAAACCAAUCCGGUGGAAAGCGAUUUCUUUACGUUACAGAAAAAUUUCUAGAAGCCUUCUCGUCAAUGGCGAAUAUUGUUAUAAUCUGCAUAUAUUUACCCAGUUACCCAGGGCCAGUGGGGCAGGAUGGAUGGAUAAAGGGCUAGUUCUGUCAUCAGGGGCUCAUUGAUUUAGACUUAGAAAGGAUUUAGAGCUUGUCAGUCUGAGGCCCACAAAUGUGGAAGGGCCGGCCCAAAGUCAUACCGGAAAUAAGUAGCAAAGCUGAGACCUGAACCCAGGUCUGAGUCCAAAUUGGGCACUUCCCAGUGCUCCAUGGCAGGAGGAUUUGAGUUCGAAUCCUGUCCCUGAGAUCACACGUGGCUUCGCCUUUUUGAGCAUCAGUUUGCUUUUUUGUAAUAGGGGAAUGAUUAUACUUGUAGUCCCUCACAGCUUUGCUGUGAGGCUUAGAUGAGAUUCAUGUCUGUAGAAUUCUUAUUAAAAUGUUUUGCAAACAUUAAAGAACAUAUAGUUGGUUAUUAGUCCUCUUCCUGUUUCUCCUUUU